CCAGAGAACCGGGUGGGAGGACGGGAGGCGGUUGUUCAGUAACCUGGGCUGGCUGUCGGUGUCCCCGGCUACUGUCGCGAUUAGCAACCGUUGCCGCUGACAGCUCCACGAGGAAGUACACAGUCAACGUUUGACCCGCGAGCUCCAUCUUUGAAAUAAACCCAGAGGUGUGGAGUAAUGAGUGUGGGGGAGUGAAGGAGGCAGGUGUCCCAGAAGAACAUUGGCAGACAAGUUGGAGGCCAGGCAAGGAUGCUGGAGGCGGAUGCAGACACAGCAGGUGCAGCUGCAGAGAGAGAAGGGGAAGCAGAGAUGGGGAGCGGGGACUUGAGGGCUGAGGUGGUGCGGCUGACUCUGGAGCUCCAGGAGGCCACAGAGGAGAAACUGCAGGCAGCCCGCUAUGGCCUGGUGGUGCUGGAGGAAAGUGCUGCCCUGAAGACGAAACAUAGGCAGCUGGAAGAGGAGCAUGAAGUGCUCAAAGGGGAGCUGCAGCAGCUUAGAGAGGCAUUUGCAGAUUCUGUGAGCAGCCAGAAGCGUGCAGCUGCGGAUGGAGAGUGCCGGGAGGAGAACCUGCUGCAGGAAACUGCCACGAAGGAGGCUGCCAUGGCAACCCGCAUGGAGGAACUCCAGGCAGAGCUCAAGCAAUCACGCCUUGCUCUGAGCAAUGCACAUGCAGAGAUCGAUAGACUGGCGGUGGUCUCCUCCCAGCUUAAGAAGGAGUGUGAGUGUCUGGAGGCAGAAAAGGGCCAUCAGAGGGAUGAGAUGAAGGAAUAUAAAGUUCGUGAGCUUCGCCAGUUGCAGGACAAUGGCGAACUGGAAGAAGAGAACAUAUCUCUGCAAAAACAAGUGUCUGUGCUCAAGGAAAACCAGGUUGAGUUUGAAUCAAUAAAGUUGGAGCUGACCCAGAAGAACGAGGAGCAGGAGGAGCUGCGAGCUCAGAUGGAGGAGGCUGCGAGGCUGAGGGAGAUAGCAGAGAGGCAGCUGGAUGAGGCCCUGGAAGCCUUGAAGGAGGAGAGGGAGCAGAAGAACUGUCUGCGGCGAGAGCUCUCCGCCCUGACCCUUAACCCCUUUGAUUCUGUGGGGAACCUGGAGCUCCACUUGGAGCAGCUGGAUGACAGCCAGGAGGAGGGCCAGGGGGGAGAGGGAGAGGGCGAGGGAGAAGAACAGGACAGCGGCAUUAAUAACGGUCCUGGGUCUGCUCCCGGUUCUGCUCACCCUCCUCACUUGGGGGGCUCCAAAAGUAACGGCCUCAUCCAUCGCUACUCCACUCCACGCACCAGUGACGUGUUCCUGCGUGCUCCAGCGUCUGGGCUGGUGUCGGACCUGCUGAGCGAGCUGCACUUUUCAGACAGUCAGAAACUAAAACAGCAACUUCUACAGGCAGAACGAGAGAAAUCCGGUCUGACAAGCAAAGUGGAGGAACUCCAGAUGCAGCUGAUGAUGACCAAACAGGCACUCAGUCAGCAAGAGGACAAAGUCGGAUCUCUCACCCAGCAGCUGGAUGCUGUGCAGAACAGCCAGCAGCACAACCAGGAUGCAGACGACAGGGGAGAUGAUGAGACGGAGAACGGAGGCGACGGAAAUGCAGUCUUUGACUAUGAAGUAGACACCAAGAGCAAGGAAGUGCUGGAGGCGCGCAUGCGUUCAGCCAGCGAAGAGCUUCUGAAGCUACGAGAUGAACUGUCUCAGGCAGGUGCUCGUUAUAACACGCUGGAGCACAGGUACAAGCAGGAGAAGGAUCGUUGGAGGGCAGAGGCCCAGGAGCUGGCUGACAAGAUCCGUCAAUGCAUCAAGUCCAGCAAGCAGGACCAGGAGCGCAUCAGCGAGCUGGAGAAGGAGAUCGGAGCCACACGGAAAGUGGCCAUUGAUUCGGAAGGGCACUUGAGCGUCGCCCAGGAAGAGCUACUGGCUUUCUCUGAGGAGCUCUCCAACCUCUAUCACCACAUCUGCGUGUGCAACAACUUGACACCCAAACGAGUCACUCUGGACUAUUACCGUGAUGGUGCGAGGUCAAGUGCUGGAGGUGGUGCACGACGAUCACACUACGUCUACCCCCAGCACAAUGCCCAGAAGAAGCCACGAGGUAAUGACAUGUUCAGCUCCAAAGCUUCUGCACUGCAGUUUAUGGGGGAGGUGGACAGUGCAGGAACCAGCACAGAGUCCCCUACCUGCCCUGGAUCCCCCACCCUGGAUUUUAGGGACCCUUCAAACGUCCGCAACUUGGUAGCGGUCAUCCGUUGCCAGAUCAAACACCUUCGGGUGGCGGUGGACCUCUGUCGUCAGAGGGGCGCGAUGCCUUACUCAGGGUUCAGCAGUGGAGAGUCGGAGCGGGAUGCUGAGAGCCUCAUGGAAGAAGUACUCAAACUCAAGUCACUUCUCAGCACCAAGAGAGAACAGAUUGCAACCCUCAGGACUGUCCUGAAGGCUAACAAACAGACUGCAGAGUUGGCCCUGUCCAAUUUGAAAACCAAGUACGAGACAGAGAAGAGCAUGGUGUCAGAGACCAUGAUGAAACUGCGGAACGAGCUCAAAGCCUUGAAGGAGGACGCCGCCACCUUCUCUUCACUGCGAGUCAUGUUUGCCAGUCGGUGUGACCAGUAUGUCACCCAGUUGGAUGAGAUGCAGAGGCAGCUGGCAGCAGCCGAAGACGAGAAGAAGACACUGAAUUCUCUGCUGCGUAUGGCCAUCCAGCAGAAGCUGGCUCUCACUCAGCGUCUGGAGGACCUGGAAGCCCCUCUGUCUCCCCACAGCUUGAACAGCAGCCCCCGCCGCUCCCGGGCCAAAGAGCUCGCCACCAAGUCAGGCCGGGCUCCACGGAGCCCCCGGAGCAGUCCUGCUCGCCCUCCACUGAGAAGCAGUCCACGAGCUAGCCCUGUUCUCGGCGGCAGCGUUUCUGCUAUGGCCACGCACCACCUGCGAAGCUUAACCCGAAGCCUCCACACAAGCCCUCGCUGAAACACUCCUUCCAUUACUCCAAACCCCUUCUUCUCCAUAAGGACCUGUCUCCAUGUUGACUCCCCAGGCUCCCUCCUCCUUUCCUGACUCAAGACAUCCUGUCCAUCCCAGAUAUGAUGCAACAUUCCCCAAUCUACCCACCAGAACCAUGGAUUUAAAAAAAAAAUAAAAAAAAAAAAAAUCUCUCAUCCCGCCCUCUUGGUUUUCUCUGCUCGGAGCGGAGAAACCUGCAUGCAGCCUGGAGAAGGAUGAAGAGACAAAAUGUGCUGCUCAUUGCUCUGUGAAGUCAUUGACUGUCUUUGUCCCUGAGUGGAUCCAACUUCCAUCUGGUCUUGUUCAAGGCUGCUGUGUGUUGUGGUGAACCAUUGACAGUAUUUAUCCCAGAACGAGAGACUUUUGGUGUGCAGUAUUUACUGUCCUCAGACUCUGAAUCAAGGCUACGAUCUGUUUUAAGUCUUUACACUCUUGCCUUUAGUCUGGCGUCCCGGUCAGGCCUGUCUGGCGUCUUUUAGUGUCUGUAAGCCAUUAGAUCAUCUGUGAUAGCUCUCCCAGGUAGAUGUUUUUGUAGAACAAGCAGCCUUAACAUAACUGCUAUCCCACGUGUAGAGAGCUUGCUAUUGUCUUGAAUUUCCCCCCUUCGACCGGUGGUACGGUUACAGUAAAAGCCCCUUUUUUUUAAUCCUGUUACAUGUCUGGCUCUUUGGCUUCAGCCACACCCUUUAACUCGAGGUCAGUAAACAUUUCAUUAAUGGAAACAAAUCAGCCAUAAGUUCACCACCUCAGGUCAAAAAGAGUAAUCAAACACAUGAUUUGGGCAACUUUUAACGUGCAUCUUACUUUGCAAACUAUGCAGACCAAGUCAGGACAGUGCCUGUACAUUUCCCGCUGUUCUUUAGGGUCAGGGUGGCUCUUAAUAAGCAGCUUUUGGAGGUCAUGCGGGGGUGCUAAGCGGCAGAGAUGCAAGCAUCCCAUUGGCUGAUAAUGUAAUUUCCUGCUUGUUUGCCUGUAGGCUUUAAAACUCACUGUUUCACAUCACUUAAAGUGGCUUGGUUUACCUAAAAUUAAUACUAACAUGGGCCAUGCACAUUUCUAUUGAUUACAUAAUCAUAAUAACAGUUUCCAUCUAGCUUCUGCUUUUUCUCACUGCUUCAAAAAGCUAAGCAACAAUGCUCAUGUUUCCAUCAUUCAGUGUCGCCAUGCUUUUGUCUGCUUCCAAAAUAAGCAUGUUGUUACGAGCUAGUAUUACCCACAAGAAGCUGGUUUUCGUCUCCUGUGGCUGCAGCAGCCAUCGUUCUCACUUAGGAAUGCUGAUAGUGCUAGCAGGCUGCUGUUAGAGUCGCUGCUUGUAGAAAAGUUAAAUAAUAACAUCGUCCCUUAAUUUUAAAAGCACAUCACUGUGCUUUAAAUCUAGUUUGUGACUAAAAACAAAGAAUAAAUACAUUUUGAAAAGCAAAAAUAUUUCAAAGAGAGACUUAACUCCAAUGUGACAUCGCUUUGCUAAGCGGAGCUCCUUUUUCUUGCAAAAAUGCAAAGUGAGAAAAACAUGUAAAUGUACAUGUAUCUGCUUAUUACCCAACAUAGGCUGCUUUUAGAUUAGUUUGAGGCCAGAGCUGUGAGCUGACGAAAGCAGCACAUACUGUAUGUAAACACUGGCACUGAAACAACACUUGUCUCACUGAAUGCAGUUUAAAUUUAAAUUGAAUCGACCCGAUGAGACCAAUCAUGAUCUCUAAGACCACAUUUGGAAACGGCUGUUUGAAAAAAUGAGAACUGAAUGCAAACAAAAUGUUGACAUCUUUCUUUUUUUUUUAAACUCAACUGUCCUGUGGUUUAGUAGAAGAGGCCACGUCCUGCUGAUUUUAUUUUUAGUGCCUUGGUUUUGAUCUUGUAUGUUGUUUUUAGACUACAUCACAUUUUCUAAAUAGAGGCUACUACUCAACACUGUAGUUGUGAUUUUUUUUUUUUUUUUUUUUUGAAGGUAUGUUUUAUUUACUUUUGAGGAAACUCAUCGAGCAGUGUUCGCACUGAAUAAAGCUAUGUCUCAUUUUGGUCAAAAUAUUUUCACUUUUUAGCCGGCAUGCCUUGUAUGAACACAUUAGUAAUACUAAUGAAUAAUGAAUGCAGAAAAUCAAGGGCAUAAUGUCAAAAACAUCAUAGAUAGAAGGUUGAAUUCGUUAGCUAAAAAGUGAAAAUUCUUUGCCAUUGUGUCCAGUUGCUUCGAAGGUUGUAAAUGGAUUUCUUAAUCUAUUUAAUUCACUCCGCAGAUGUGUGUAUAAUUUAAUUACCAUUGUUGUAUAAUAUUUUAACUGUAUUUAUGUGGUCUGCGUUCUGUGUAAAUUGAGGACGACGUGCACACACUCUGCAUAACACAUUUGAUGGUCCUCAACUUUUUUUUGUGUAUGCAGUUUCCUUUAAAUGACCUGUGAACCACUUUUGUCAUGAAGAAUAAAAACAAGCCAACACUGUA